AUGAGCAACGCAUCAUCCCCGUCAACAUCCCCCUUCAAUGCUCAACAGCUAGCCUGUGGAACCGAGCGGUCCUCCAAGCAAGCCUGCGCAGAUGUUUCUAGAGACAACACGGCUGAAUAUGAGGGUGAAUCAUCCUUUUCUGCUCACGCGCUGUUUGCCACCAAGUUUCUUCAGAACGUCGUCAGCAGCAACGACUACUCCAAGGAAGUCGUACAGGAGAUGACAUCCAUUGUGGACACGCUCCGAGAAAUAAUUCAUGCUCAAAAGCAGCAGUCAGACUGUCCAGAAGAGCUCUACCCAUAUGCCAGACCGCGGCCAAGUGAUUCAAGUUUGCAGCAUCUGCCCAUGCCUCCAAUAGAUAUAGCCCUUUCAGCCUUGUGGAAGGCUAAAGAAAUUCCCUAUAUUCGUUUCAACUGGCUCUACGAGUUUGUUUCAAUAGCCCAGUUCACUGACUAUUUUGUCAAGGUGUACUCGCCUGCUUCGACCACCGAUGCCGAUAGGAUCAUUGUCAAUGCAGGCUUGUAUUGGCUGUUUAGCGAGAGCGCUGAACUUAUUCCUGAUCAACAAACGAAGGACGAUUAUAGAGACCAUGCCUCUCAAUGUCGAGGUAAUCUUGAAACGAUUCUUUCCAGUCUAUCAUUUCACAUUCCUGCCACCAUAGAUUAUGUUCUUGCCCUGAGUGUUGCUACCACUUACUGCCGACAAGUGGCCAAACCAUCCCUUGCAUGGAGCUACAUUAAAACCGCGUCCCUUAUGUGCCAGACCCUCGGUCUUCAUGGCACCCAUGGCCUCCACACAGAGAGUCCUGAAAUAAGGCGGCAAAAGAUCCACUUAUUUUGGGCCAUAUUUACCACCGAGCGAACACUUUCCUUGCGAUUCGGUAGAUCAUCUACUUUCCGCGAUCAGGACAUUACUAUCCCUCGGUUGAGCAUCUUACAUUAUCAGGAACAGGAUUCAUUGCUCAAUCCCGUUCUGCCUAGAUGGAUUGACAUCGCAGGCCUACAGGGACGGACGUACGAUGAAAUAUAUAGCCCGGGUGCUCUAAUCCAACCGGCUCAUGUCAGAGAAUCUCGCGCACGAGCUCUCGCAGCUGAUUUGAGGAAGGUGAUGGGCACUGAAGAUCCAUUGGAGACAAAAUACAACAGCCUCAGACGCCACGCACUCGGCGACACCAUCCACGAACUCAUACUACAUGCCGACCGCGUCUCCACCCUUUCUAUCCUCACCCUCAUCUACCGAGGCAUUCCUCCCGACAGACCCUCCGGGGCCGCGUUCUCCAGCGAAUGCAUCACCGCCGCGCGCGAAGCCCUCGUCGAACACGAGAAAUGCAUCUCAACCAUCACCACCGCAGACAUCCAUCCAUGCUUUAUAGAAAUCUACAUAACCUACUCCCUCCUCGAAUCCCCUUUUCUCCCCUUCAUCGUCCUCUUCUGCCACAUCAUCGAGACCUCCUCGCCCGACGACCUCCGUCGCCUCGGCACCGUCGUCGAAACCCUCCAGUCCACCUCCCCAUCGGCCUUCUACCGCGCCUGCAGCAAGCAAUUCCGCCUCUUCAGCGCCCUCUACCACGUCGCCAGGAAAUACGUCGAGGUCAAAGAGACCCAGCCGCGCGGGUGGAUGAAUCCGAUCGACUUCGUCCCGAGUGUGAAUCUUAGCGUUCCGAACAUGGGGUCUGGAUCGGCGUCGGCGUCAGCGUCAGCAUCUGUCCCUACUCAACUUCCAUUCCCAGACUCCAGUCCUUCUUCAAUGCCCAGAAUAGUCCGAGAAAACGCUAUCUCGCAGCCCGGGGAUCCCCUCACCAGCACCGGCAUAACCCCCACGAACCACAUCGACAGGGAUGCCUUUGCCACCCCGCAGCCUCCACAAUGGACGCAAAUCCAGACGCAGCCGAGUCUGGAAAUGGACGCCAUGGGCACCGAGCUGGGGAACUGGUUCUACGAGAAUCAGCAGAUGCUCAAGUUCCUGGAUGAUAGCUAUACUUUCUGA